AUUGAGACUUUACUGUAAGUUUAUUGAUUUUGAAGACCGAAAAUUAGAUUUUAUCGUAAGUUUAUUGAUUUUGAGGACGGAAACUGAUAAUUUACUGUAAAGGCAUUAAUUUUAAUAAUUGAAAUUGAAAAUUUACUGUGCAUACAUUGCUUUUAAAGAUCAAAACUGAAUCUACAGUAAAUGCACUGCUAUUGAAGAGGAUCAAAACUUUUCAAUUCAACCAGAUUUGGUGCACUGAUUAAAAUGUUUCUCCUGAGGCAAAACAUCUCAAAGCAGCACACAAGCAGCGAUGUCAUGCCAAGAAGUGGAGUGCGAAAAUCCAAUACAGAGGACUCGAAGAGACAACGCAAAGCCAGCUGCAUGGAGAAUUUAUCCUCGGUGGAGCGAAUCCGCAAACAGGCCACCAAACACCUGGGCUUCCGCACGCUCAGCCUGGCCAUGCGCGGUCUGGAGGAGCCGCCGGAGGAGCUUUGGGAGAUCCUGGAGCUCCAGAAACUCAAUCUCUCCUUAAACACACUCUCCACUCUUCCGGCCGCUGUGGGGAACCUGCAGAACCUGGUGAUCCUCAAUCUGUGGGGGAACGAUCUGCUGGAUCUGCCGCCGGAGAUCGGCCGACUGGUGAAUCUACGGGUGCUUUUUGCACAUAAAAAUCGGCUGACGGACGUCCCAGAGGAGCUCGGACACUGCAGCAAUCUGGAGGUGCUGAGUCUGGCCAACAACCAGAUCAACGCGCUACCCAACAGCCUGUGCAGCCUCCGCAAGCUCACCAAACUGAACCUGAGCCACAACCGCAUCCAGCACAUCCCAGCCUGCGUCUACAGCAUGCGCGGUCUGCAGUUUCUGCAUCUGGCCAACAAUCGGCUGGAGAAUCUGGCCGAUAAGAUCCAGGAGCUGCAGAGUCUGAAGAUCCUGAUCCUGGAGCAGAACCUCCUGCAGGUUCUCCCCCGAACGCUGUGCUGUCUGACCGCUCUGGAGCUGCUCAACGUGGACCACAACGAGCUGCAGAGCCUGCCGGAGGACAUGCACAGGCUGCGGCGGCUGCAGAAACUGGCCUGCCACCCGCUGGAUAAAGGGCUGCAUGUUGUCCACAACCCGCUGCUGAAGCCCAUCCGAGAGGUGCUGCAGGACGGUCUGACGGGGCUCUACAGCUACCUCAAACCUGCAUGAGGAUUGAGAAAAGCUUCAUCGUGGAGUUUAUCAGUCCUCUACUCAUCUGCAUGCUGUGUUUAGCAUGUGUCUCUUAUUUAACACACCUGAUUUAGAUAACCAGCUCAGUGGUAGAGGAUUUAUGAUUAAUGCAUUGUUUUCGAAAAAAAAAACUAAAGUGAGAAUUUGCUGUAAAUGCAUUGAUUUUAAAAAAGAAUGAGGCAGAGUUUACUGUAAAUGCACUGAUUUUGAAGAAUAAAACUGAGAAAUUACUGUAAA